CAGCGCGCUUGGAGGUACCGGAGCCCGGAGGAGGACGAGGCGGGGGACUUGCCCAGGGGACGCCGGUCCAGCCGCACCUCGCUCCGAGACCUCUCACUGCUCAUUCGCGUGUUGUUUCCGAACGAGGGGAGGCUGGUCAAACCCGAUGGCCGCCGUUUUCCGGUACCUGUUGUGAGGACAGGAAGUGGUCCCGAUGGCAGCGCAUGUUUUGAAGUGUCUGCGUCGGCCUGGACGCUAGAACAACAGGUGGUGGUCGUGAAAGUGAUGGACUAUGAUCAAUUAGACGCGCCCGCUGCUGAUAAUGCCAUCAAAAGAGGAGGAAACGUGUCCAAGAAGACUCAUUUGACCCAGAUUGAAGUUAUCCCGUGCAAGAUCUGCGGUGAUAAGUCCUCUGGAGUGCAUUAUGGAGUCAUCACAUGCGAGGGCUGCAAGGGAUUUUUCCGUCGCAGCCAGCUACCCACGGUGUCCUACUCCUGCUCCAGACAGAGUAACUGUACCAUUGACCGGUCCAGCCGCAACCGCUGCCAACACUGCCGCCUGCAGAAGUGCUUGGCUCAAGGCAUGAGCAAAGAUGCUGUUAAGUUUGGACGAAUGUCCAAGCGCCAGCGUGACUCUCUCAUUGCUGAAGUGGAGCGGCACCGACAGCAGCAGCAGCAGCAGCAGCUCCAGUUGGACGCCCAGUCAGGCUUGUCCUACCCCACCAAGGAGCGCCAAGACUGCUCCUCACAGCUGCUUCAGCCUGUGGCUUCAGCCUACUCCUACAGCGGGGAGUCUGAACUGCUGUCUUUCACUGCUGAUGUCCACCCCUACCUUCUGUGCUCCCCCAACCAGCCACAAGUGUCUGAUAUCAUCUACAGGAGCUCCGGUAUCUCGCCAUCUUCCAGAACUCACAUGAGGUUGGACACCAACGGACACGCUGACAUAAGAGGACUGGACUCCAGACCAUCGUCACAUGACCUGAUGGCGAUUCAUCCCCACAACCAGGCCGACGACCCUCGCGGCCCCUACUCGCGUAAUAUAGAUGAGCUGUGUGCCAGCAUCGUCCGCUCCAACAAAGACACCUGCCAGUUCCGAGCGGAGGAGCUGCAGGCGCUCAAGUGGAAGGUGUUCAGCAGAGAGGAGGUCCAAGCCUACCAGAGCAAAUCAGUGGAUGAGAUGUGGCAACACUGUGCGGUUCGUCUGACUGAUGCGGUGCAGUAUGUGGUGGAGUUUGCAAAACACAUCCCUGGUUUCCGUCUGCUCAGUCAGAACGACCAGAUCGCCCUUCUUAAGACAGGUUCUAUGGAGGUGGUUCUGGUGAGGAUGAGUCGCUCCUUCAACACCGAGAACAACACCGUCUUCUUUGACGGCAAAUUUGCUGGAACUGAAGUCUUCAAGUCUUUGGCGUGCAGCGAUUUGAUCGCGGCCGUGUUCGACUUUGCACACAGCUUGUGCGCUUUGAAGCUCACCGAGCACCAGGUGGCUCUCUUCAGCGCUCUGGUCUUGAUCAAUGCAGAUCGUCCGUGUCUGGAGGACAGAGGCAGGGUGCAGAGAGUGCAAAGAAGUGUGGAAUUAGGUCUGACACACAUUCUACACAGAGACAACCGGGACAGCCUAAUGCAUAAGCUGUACCAGAGGAUGUCCGUGUUGCGUUCACUGUGCAGUCUGCACAUGGAGAAGUUGCACUGGUUCAGUCAGCGCUACCCGCUUACCGCUCACACGCUCUUCCCUCCUCUCUACAAGGAGCUGUUUGCUUCUGAGGCAGAGCUGCUGCUGCUGCCUGAGGCCACACACUGACGAUACCCAAGAAACUCACACAUUUGGACACACAUUCACUCAAUGGUACACUUACACGUUUAAAUAAGACCAAAUGCUCGAUUUAGCAGUAUGUUUAUGCAAUAAAUCAUACCGAGAGAUGCUUCUGAUAUUGUCACCCUCUCAUGUUGCUAUGGCCUCCUUAUACAGUACCUCUGGCCAAAAUCUCAAUUAAACGCGCAAGCAAUCAAUAGUUUCGGUUUCGGUUAUGUUUUGGGGUGUAACGAAUAAUUCAGUACAUCUAUUCAUCGAUUUAUAUUCCUACAAUUCAACUACAUCGAUCUGGGCUCUCAAGUUUCCAUUCAGGGCGACAUAUAUAUCGAAAAAAGAAUUUAAGCGCGGUAGGCAUUAUAUAGAUGUAAUUUUUUAGCACUUUUAAUGAUAAAGACGUUAAACGUUACAGUCUGCCUGUCGGUGACGUCAUUGUCUGGCGUGUAUGUGGUGGUCAUGGGAGUUGUAUUCACCUGUGAAAUACAGUUGAUUCGCUUCUUCUAAUUUUGGUCAGGUCAGCUGAUUCACUUCAUUCGGUAUUCAUAUUUAACUCAUCGGUCCGUAUUCGAAACUCCAUUUAAGUCACAUUUCUGGGGACGAUAUGCAAAGUAAGGUCGUUUUGUACGCAUCUGGAUGGUAGUUUACGGUCCAGUAGCAGUGACGCUUAAUGACGUCGUCAUCCAAUACGGCGUGUCCACGUCAAAACACAUACAGUAUGUUACAAUGUUACAAAUACAAUCCCCAUAUUUUAGCGAUAAAAAACACUGUGCGUGCGCGCUCGAUUAGGAGAGUCCGUGGGGACGUCCUUAAAAAUGCACUUUUUCAUGGAUCGGAGCUUCAGGACAAGAUAAGAGGCAUGUGUUAUGUUGGUGGUGUAGAAACAAGCAAGCCUAGUAAGUCUUCAUAAACUUUAAUCACGAGCUCUGUCAUCGCAUUCCUCCUGCACACGUAUCCUCUACCUGUUGCUCUUAUUAGCGGUAUAACAGUGCCCUCUACUGGUCAAGCUUAUAGUAUUACUUCAAGGCAUAGCAUAAUGUAUCUGCUCGAAAUAUGUUAAUUUUGCCCCGGAAUUACUGUGUACAUGCAAUUUGUAGUGUGGCGUGGAAACGAAUACAGCGUGCUGCUGCAGCAUUUAUGACACUUGAUUUUUUUUCCCUGGACUUUUUGAUUGUCAAAAAAAUGUAAGUGGCUACUCUGUUGACUUUUAAAACAAAUGUCACAGCCUAAGUUAUGAUAUAUUUUGUAGUACGGUUGUACUUGCCAAGGUACAGCUUUUGUCUUGACUCAAUGUUAAAGCAAUGGGAACCAACGGCACUAUUUCCCCGUAUGAAAUUUGCUUUAACUUCUUUAAUACUUGCGGUAGAGAAGUGAAUGAGGUAUCAAAUUAAAGUUCAAGUCAGACAGAAUCAAUCACAGACUUAAAAAUUUUGUAACAUUCCUAACGUAUGUGCGCUGCGAAACUUCUGUCAGCGUAUUCUUGCUAGUUGCUGCACCGUAAGCCCCUGCUUCCAUUGGCCCCGUACAGGUGAGAGUUUCACACAAUUGAGGAUAUCAUACCACAUUCAUUUGCAUAGUGUCCCUCAUUGGGUGCAAAGUGCAGGUUUGGAUUCCACUAUUUAAAGUAAAUAAUUCAUCAUGGCAAGCUAUACCACUCUCUGUUCAUCCUGAUUUUGUGUUGCAUUUUUAACUCAUUUUUUGUACUCAUUGAUCAUUUAUUCUGAAGUAUGUCAGCAUUAUUAAUCAUUUAUACCCGAUUCCCUUACAAAAAAACAACGGGAAUCUAGGAAACAUCACCUGCACCAUCCAGUAUCCAGGUAUUUAUUUCACAGUCACACUGGUUGAAUUUUUGGCUCAAAAGUUACUGAAUCGAUUUAAAGUGAAUGAAUCGUUUCGGAUAGUAUCGUUCUAAAUGAACCAUUGUCGACCUCGAAUCGUAUCGGCAAUCACGAAUCGUGACACAAAUCGAAUCAUUAUUGAAAUGAAUCGUUACACCCCUGUUAUGCUGACAACUGAUUAUGUCGACGUCAAUCAGCCAGGCAUUAACGGUACACUGUACAUACAUAAUACAUAAUACAAAGCUUUUUUAUUGGAUCUCAUUGGUUUGUGUGGUUGCGGUUGGUGAGCUCUCACGCACACACACACACACACACACACACACACAUACAGCA